CCCGCCUCGGCCUCUCUCCAGCUCAGUGCUCGCUCCACGUCCCACGCUGCGGCCUCGAGCGCCCGCGAGAGGCAGCUUCGCGGUCGCCGCGCACGCGCCCCAGUCUCUCGCUCACGGCUCUCCCCACGCGAGUGCCUCGCCCGCGAGCGCACGUUCGUUUCUCCUCGCGCGUCCGGCUCUCGGCCGCGGCGGCGGCGGCGGCGGGCGGACCGCGCGGGGCAGCAGCGGAUCGGCCGCCGCGGGCUGGACGGCCGACCAUGGAGGCGGACGGGGCCGGAGAGCAGAUGAGACCGCUUCUCACCCGGGGUCCCGAUGAAGAAGCUGUUGUAGAUCUUGGCAAAACCAGCUCAACUGUGAACACCAAGUUUGAAAAAGAAGAACUAGAGAGUCAUCGAGCUGUGUAUAUAGGUGUCCACGUGCCAUUUAGUAAAGAGAGUCGCCGGCGUCACAGGCAUCGUGGACACAAACAUCACCACCGGAGAAGAAAAGACAAAGACUCAGACAGAGAAGAUGGACGGGAAUCUCCUUCUUACGACACACCAUCCCAGAGAGUCCAGUUCAUCCUGGGUACUGAAGAUGAUGAUGAAGAACACAUUCCCCAUGAUCUCUUCACGGAAAUGGAUGAGCUGUGCUACAGAGAUGGAGAAGAGUAUGAAUGGAAAGAAACUGCCAGAUGGCUGAAAUUUGAAGAGGAUGUUGAAGACGGCGGUGACCGGUGGAGUAAGCCUUACGUGGCGACCCUCUCUUUGCACAGUCUUUUUGAACUGAGAAGUUGCAUCCUAAAUGGAACAGUCAUGCUGGAUAUGAGAGCAAGCACUCUUGAUGAAAUAGCAGAUAUGGUAUUGGACAACAUGAUCGCCUCUGGCCAGUUGGACGAAUCCAUAAGAGAGAAUGUCAGAGAAGCCCUUCUGAAGAGGCACCAUCAUCAGAAUGAGAAAAGGUUCACCAGCCGGAUUCCCCUUGUUCGAUCUUUUGCAGAUAUAGGCAAGAAACAUUCUGACCCUCACUUGCUUGAAAGGAAUGGGGAAGGCCUUUCAGCCUCCCGCCACUCUUUGCGAACAGGUCUGUCUGCCUCAAACCUUUCAUUGAGAGGAGAAUCACCUAUAUCUCUUCUUCUCAGUCAUCUUCUUCCUUCUUCAAGAGCUGGAACCCCUGCAGGCUCGAAGUGUACAACCCCAGUACCCACCCCUCAGAACAGUCCUCCUUCCAGCCCUAGGCUCAGUCGCCUGAACUCCAGAAGUUCCCAGCAGAGGCAGCUUCAGGCCCCAGAGCUACUGGUUUCACCUGCCAGUGACGAUAUUCCCACAGUAGUAAUUCAUCCGCCUGAGGAAGACUUAGAAGCACUGCAAGGCCAGGAGCAGAAGAAUGAGGAAAAUGUUGACAUAACUUCAGGUAUUUUGGCCUCUCCACAGUCUGCACCUGGAAACUUGGACAGUAGUAAAAGUGGAGAAAUGAAAGGUAAUGGAAGUGGAGGAAGCAGAGAAAAUAGUACUGUUGACUUCAGCAAGGUUGAUAUGAAUUUCAUGAGAAAAAUUCCUUCGGGAGCUGAGGCAUCCAAUGUUCUGGUGGGAGAAGUGGAUUUUUUGGAGAGACCUAUAAUUGCGUUUGUGAGACUGGCUCCUGCUGUUCUUCUCUCAGGGCUGACCGAGGUCCCUGUUCCUACAAGGUUUUUGUUUCUGUUAUUGGGUCCUGCAGGCAAGGCGCCGCAGUACCACGAAAUUGGAAGAUCAAUAGCCACCCUCAUGACGGAUGAGAUUUUUCAUGAUGUAGCUUAUAAAGCAAAAGACAGAAAUGACCUCCUAUCUGGAAUUGAUGAAUUUUUAGAUCAAGUGACUGUCCUACCUCCAGGAGAGUGGGACCCUUCCAUACGCAUAGAGCCGCCGAAGAGCGUUCCUUCUCAGGAAAAGAGAAAGAUUCCUGUAUUUCCCAAUGGAUCUGCCCCCAGCUUGGGUGAGACCCCUAAGGAGGCCCCACACCAUGCUGGGCCUGAGCUACAGAGGACUGGACGGCUUUUUGGUGGUUUGAUACUUGACAUCAAAAGGAAAGCACCUUUUUUCUUGAGUGACUUCAAGGAUGCAUUAAGUCUGCAGUGCCUGGCCUCGAUUCUUUUCCUAUACUGUGCCUGUAUGUCUCCUGUAAUCACUUUUGGAGGGCUGCUUGGAGAAGCUACAGAAGGCAGAAUAAGUGCAAUAGAGUCUCUUUUUGGAGCAUCAUUAACUGGGAUUGCCUAUUCGUUGUUUGCUGGGCAACCUCUAACAAUAUUGGGGAGCACAGGUCCAGUUUUAGUGUUUGAAAAAAUUUUAUUUAAAUUCUGCAGAGAUUAUCACCUUUCCUAUCUGUCUUUGAGAACCAGUAUAGGUCUGUGGACUUCUUUCUUGUGCAUUGUUUUGGUUGCGACAGAUGCAAGCAGCCUUGUGUGUUACAUCACCCGGUUCACUGAGGAGGCUUUCGCAGCUCUCAUUUGCAUCAUAUUCAUCUAUGAGGCUUUGGAGAAGCUCUUUCAUUUAGGAGAAAUAUAUGCAUUUAAUAUGCACAACAAUUUAGAUGAACUGACCAGCUACUCAUGUGUAUGUGUUGAGCCUUCUAACCCUGGCAAUGAAACUCUGAAGGUGUGGGAGGAAAGGAAUGUAACAGCACACAACAUUCCCUGGGGGAACCUCACUGUCUCUGAAUGUAAAAUCUUUCAUGGUACAUUUGUAGGAUCAGCUUGUAGUCUCCAUGGACCUUAUAUUCCAGAUGUGCUCUUUUGGUGUGUCAUCUUAUUUUUCACAACAUUUUUUCUGUCUUCAUUCCUCAAGCAAUUUAAGACCAAGCGCUAUUUUCCUACCAAGGUGCGAUCGACAAUCAGUGACUUUGCUGUGUUUCUCACCAUAGUAAUAAUGGUUGCAAUUGACUACCUUGUAGGAGUUCCAUCUCCUAAACUUCAUGUUCCUGAAAAAUUUGAGCCUACUGAUACAAAUAGGGGCUGGAUCAUAAGCCCGUUGGGAGAAAAUCCUUGGUGGACCUUAUUAAUAGCUGCUAUUCCAGCUCUGCUUUGUACCAUUCUCAUCUUUAUGGAUCAACAAAUUACAGCUGUAAUCAUAAACAGAAAGGAGCACAAGUUGAAGAAAGGAGCUGGCUAUCACCUUGACUUGCUCGUGGUUGGUGUUAUGUUGGGAGUUUGCUCUGUCAUGGGACUUCCAUGGUUUGUGGCUGCAACAGUGUUGUCAAUAAGUCAUGUCAACAGCCUAAAAGUUGAAUCUGAAUGUUCUGCUCCAGGGGAACAACCCAAGUUUUUGGGAAUUCGUGAACAGCGGGUUACAGGGCUAAUGAUUUUUAUUCUAAUGGGCCUGUCUGUGUUCAUGACUUCAGUACUAAAGUUUAUUCCAAUGCCUGUUCUAUAUGGUGUUUUCCUCUACAUGGGAGUUUCCUCAUUAAAAGGAAUCCAGUUUUUUGACCGUAUAAAAUUAUUUGGAAUGCCCGCUAAGCACCAGCCCGACCUGAUUUACCUCCGCUACGUGCCGCUCUGGAAGGUCCACGUCUUCACAGUCGUCCAGCUCACCUGUCUGAUCCUCUUGUGGGUGAUAAAAGCUUCGGCUGCUGCAGUAGUUUUUCCCAUGAUGGUUCUUGCGUUAGUCUUUGUACGCAAACUCAUGGAUCUGUGUUUCACAAAGAGAGAGCUUAGUUGGCUUGAUGAUCUCAUGCCAGAAAGUAAGAAAAAGAAAGAAGACGACAAAAAGAAAAAAGAGAAAGAGGAAGCUGAGAGAAUGCUUCAAGCUGGUGAAGAUACAGUGCAUCUUCCAUUUGAAGGGGGAAGCCUCUUGCAGAUUCCAGUUAAGGCGCUAAAAUACAGUGUUGAUCCCUCAGUUGUUAACAUAUCAGAUGAAAUGGCCAAAACUGCACAGUGGAAGGCACUGUCCAUGAAUACUGAGAAUGCCAAAGUAACCAGAUCUAACACGAGCCCUGAAAAACCUGUAAGUGUGAAAAUAAGUUUUGAAGAUGAACCAACAAAGAAAUACAUGGAUGCUGAAACUUCAUUAUAGAAUUGAACCAAGAGGAAUUAUUUAUAGAUAUAUAUACAUAUAUAUGUGUAUGUAUAUAUAAUAUUUCAUGUCACUAUAUAUAACAAUAUUGUAUGUCAUGCCAUUUAUGCAUGACUACGGGGUUUUUUGAAGUAGUGUCUGAAGUUUGUUAGGAGCACCAUGGAGACUGUGUGUAUAAUGAAAUGGUCUCUUAGAAGUGAGGUACAUGAUUCUUACUACUCAAAUAUUUAUUUUUCUGUUGGAAAAUUUUUUUCUGUUCUUCAAUAGAAAAAUGUGGGGAAAUGCAUUCAGUCUACUUUUCUUUACAUCUGUUUGUUCAUCAGUGGCAGUCCAUACCAACCUUAAGUGAUACGUAUUUAAAUUUUUUCAUUGAGUUGCUAGAAAUGUUCCCAUAUUACUUCCUUUCUGCUAGGGCUUUGUGGGAAGAACAGGGCGUCUCUGCCAGUGGUGGGGCACAGAUGGGACCGUAUCCUGGCUGCUGUGUGUGUGUUGCAUUACAUACAUGUCCAUCAUGUUUCACAGGUGAUGGGAACUUUUUCACUAUAGAGGUAGAACAGUGGAAACUUUCUAGAUAAGAACUAUAAUUUUGACCUUUAUGUUUUUGAAAUUUAUUUUAAACUUUAAAACCUCCACAUCUAGGUCUCCAUUCUGAUAGACAAGUAUAACUGCAGGUGAUUUUAUAAUUUAACUCCCAUACCACUCAUUAGUUUAUGAAUUUUAAAAGCUAUAAAAUACCAAUUUACAAUAGUUAAAUUCUGUUGCCUUUGUAGAAAUUUUUUUCUGAAUCCUAGUACUCUGUUAGAGCCCCAAAUGCCCACUCUAUUCUCUGCCUUUGCUGUCCUUUACUUAAAAUGUGGUUUAGUUUGUAUCAGGUUCAAGUUCUUGAUUAUUUUUCUAUUAUAAGUAGUAUGACUAAAUAAUCAGGAGUCAGAAUUCUCUUAAGUGGGUUUAUGAUCAGUAUUACUUUAUUAUGAAUUACCUUUCAUUUUCUGUUUACGUUGUUCUUUCUGUUGUAUAGGUAAUAUUUAAUAGAUUUCAUUUUAAAAUAUUUUAUUUAUUUUAAUUGAUAUGAUGCUUAAAUAUUAUAUAAACAUUUGAAAAGGUAACAAAUAUAGAGUAAAUUGUUAAUGUAAAUAGUUGGUGCUCACUUGCAUUUAUGGUUUAUUAUCGGAGAGCAGUUGAUAGAUUUUACAUCUUUGAUACAAAGCACUGCCAUAUUUGUAUUUUAAAAGAAAUUUAGACCUAUUAUGUAUAGCUCAGAUUGAUGACAUUCUUCCUAGUUUGUGUUUGUAUGUUUUAUUUAGAUUUUGCUUUUCUGAGCUGUCUUUUUAACUUCUAGCAAAUCUUUUUAGUCAUCUUUUAUAUACUUUUACCUCCAUAUGAAAUAAAUAAAUGUUGUUCUUGUUAAGCCUGUAGGACUGGAUGAAUGGGGUUGUGAAACUGAUUUGGCAAGAGGAUGAUUUCUAAAAACCAAAUGAGUAUUGAGAAGCCACUGAAAUAUCGAAAAUAAUAACAUGAAUGUUAGGAUGAAAAUUUUAAUGAAAUUCUGAUGCUUCCUUUAAUCAUUUUUAAUUAAAGUACAAAAGUAUGAAGAAUUGAUCUUAUAGAAGAUCAUGAGCAAUGCCAAAAGCUGAUAUUUUAGCAAUUCUAGCAAUGCAUUCUAAACUACUUAACUAAUAAAAUUUCCACAUCUAAGACCAUGUGAUCCGAUUCUAGUUAAAAUAAUGGAUUCAACUUCUGCCUCAUAUGGGAGGUUGGAAAUGUAGCUGAUUUUCUUUAGAAAAUGUAGCUGGCACCAUUUGGUACUGCCUAAAGAAGAGAGAUGCUGUCAGCACUUGAUGAGAGAGUAUUACCCACGGUGCUUGUUAGUGUUUAUGAGCUUCCAUUGAAGUGAUUCCUUUUUAUUCAUAGCAGCAUAAUCAUUUCCAAAGACCCCAGUAUUUGCUGCUAUGAUUUUGUAAUCUCCCCUGAUGAAGCUGAACAAGAGGAUUUCCUUACAUCAUUCCCUAGUGUCUGGAUGUCACAGGGUUAACAAAUGUGCUUUUUUAUGGGAAGUAAUUUUAAAAUUUGAACUGAAAUCUACUUGGGAUCAUAGUGUUUAUGUGAUUUUAUUUAUGAAUACUAGUUGUCCAGUGCCAGAAAAACCAUGAUGUGCAAAAUGCUUUGCACUCAGUGUUUUUACUAUGUUUCUAAUCGUUAAUAGUUUCUGCUUUCUUUUGACUACUUGACUUACAAAAUGAUCUGAUUGACUACUCCAUUGAAAAGCAAAGGUAACUCAUGUUUUAGUAAUAGCUUGUUUUAUGUGGUUAUAAUAUUUUUCUACUAUUUUUGAAAAAUAACAAUCAUGGAUAGCAUUCUUUGAAAGACAGUGAAAAAUGUAAUUUACUACAUAUAUUGCUUUUUAAAUGUUGCCUUAAACAGGUAUAGAUGAGCAGUAGUAAUUGCUAUGUACUGAUUUACCUCAAGGUGAAAAAGAAUUAAACCUGUGCAUAUUCCAUUUAUAAAAUAAAUUCAUAUAAACAGUCCUGCACUUUUUCAGAUGCCUUGGUUUCCAGGAUGGAGCUCAGUGCUACUGAGUACCCUGGCCGCAGGGCCACCUCAGGAUAUUCUUUCCUCCACCUAUUUUAUUUAUUUAUAGACAUCUGUUUACAAGGACUAUAAUACAUCCUCAUGUUGACCAUCUGAAAUUCACUUUCACUUGAAUGCUAUUUCACUCUAAAAUUGCCGCUUUUGAGGAGACAAUGAACUAAUAACUUCCUUAUGAUAAAAGGAUGAUGCUAUAUAUUCUCUAAUGAUAUUAGAUAUACGAAGUGAGGCACAAGAUCUUUCUAAUGGGUGUUGUAUAUGUGAGUGUGCUUGUGUGAAUGAUGUUGUCAAUCAUAAAUCUCUCAAGUUGUUUAAAAAAGCUGUGGCAUAUCAUUGUUCAUAUUUGCCAAGCAUAUAAAAUGUGUAGGACAGAAUUUUUUAUGUGCUAACACAUGUAUUUAUAAAGCAGAUUUCUUUACCACUCAAAAUUACUAACUUUCGUUUUCUCCAUCUAAAAAAAAUGUUUCUUCCACAUACCUUAAGUUUGUGUAUAUAUAUAAUAGCUUUAUAGCUUUUACCUUUUGCAAAAGCAGGUUCAAAAUUCUGUAAAAAGAAAAAUGGUUUCCGAAACAGAGGUAUGACACCAGAGCUUGCUGUUUUUAAAGGAUUGUAUCAUGUAUAUCAGUUCUGUAAAUGUGCUCAACAGUGUAACAUGUGAAUCCUGUUUUAAAGUGCUCAGAUUUCGGAUGUGUAAGCCAUUAAUAUAACAUUGUAAUUCAAAAAUGUUUAAAUUAAAUAAUUUAAUGUUUUAAAUUUAUUUAUGUAGAUCACAUCAUUGUUAUCAUAUGCAGUAGAACUAUGUGAACUGUCUUUUGGUUUAGUCCAACAAUUAUUUAUUUUUUUAGAAAGUAAACUUAAAGAGUUUAAGGACAUCCAAAAUUUAAAAUAGUGUUCAUACUUCAAAAUUUGGCAAUUUUAAUGUAAAGUUGGUUCUUUUCUAACUUUUCAAAAAGUAAUGUGAGUGUCAAUAAUAGGAAAACAUAGUUGGAAAUGGAAUCAUCUAAAGAUCAUUUUAAAAAAUUUAAUUAGUGUAUAUUGACUUCUACAGUUGACUUAGAGUAAUUGUUAACAGUUGUUUUUUUAAUCAGAUUUUUGUGCGUUGAUUGAUUCUUGUGUUGUGGCUUUUCUUUUGUUACUUUCAUAUUAAGAGUUUUUUUUUUUUGUAGGGGGGUUCUCUUCCAAUGUUUACUACAUUUAAAUAAAUAGAAAUUGAAUUUUAUUGUUCAUUUAUGCAGUAUUUGAUAGCUUGGUAUAAUAACAGUACAGUUCUAAUUUUUAUGACUUUUAUAAUUAUACAAUGAUAAUAUUUUCUUUUAUAAUAAAAUCCAAAGUAAACAUUUAAAAUGUAGAAGUGAUAUUUUUCAUCUAUAUGAAGUACAAGUAUCUACCAAGUCUAUAAUGUGAAUAAUCCUGCUUUUCAAAUCUGUUUCAUAAUAUUAGAAGAAAACUAUUUUUGGAGAUGUUAUUGAAGUUGAAAGAUCAAUAAAAGUCUACUGAAUCAGUU